GUGUUGCAGGAAAACAUUGUGGCCAACAUCCAUCAAAGUCUAGACUUGCAGGCAGAAGUUGACAAUAUCCAGACCCCAGCAGGCGCUGCUAUGUCGGCAGAGGCGGCUGAGGCAGCAGCGGAGGAGGACACCUUCCCAGAGCUAUCGGCAGAGGACUUGGCGGCGUUUGACGAGGGUGGGAAGAACGAGUCUGCUGCGGCAGAAGCUGCUGCUGAUCAGGUCAAGCGGGGGGCAGAAGAGGAUACGCCCACGGAGGAUUUCACAGGCCCAGAGGCAGUCGAUCGGUACAUCGCGGCCACGACCUGCAUCAAGGCGAAGGUCAAG